ACGGAAACUAUUCUGUAGGUACCUGGAUAUUUUAGUAAACACACAUUUUUGAAUAUUACAUAAAAAUAAAAUUAUUGAAUUUAUUCUAUUUACGUUGAUUUAGUAUUAAAAUGUCAUCUAUGUAUUCUCUAUCUGGUAAUGGCUCGAUUCAAAAUAUUCAUCAAACCCCGUCAUCUUCUAACCACAACUCUGAGGAUGAAGAUGACAGUGGAGAUAACAAGGCAUCCGCACUGAGCUUCAAGGAACGUAGAAGGGAAGCACACACUCAGGCAGAACAAAAAAGGAGAGAUGCAAUUAAGAAAGGUUAUGAUUCAUUACAAGAAUUGGUGCCUACAUGUCAACAGACUGAUGCUUCGGGUUACAAACCUAGUAAAGCAGCUGUACUCCAAAAGUCCAUAGACUAUAUACAGUACCUGCUUCAGCAACGACGGCGUCAAGAGGAAGAACGCAAUGCUUUACGAAAGGAUGUUGUAGCGUUGAGAAUAAUGCAGACUAAUUAUGAACAAAUUGUGAAAGCGCAACAUUCUGUGCCUGGCCACAGCGAGCAGAGAUUGACUGAUCAAGAUAAAUUUCAAGUUUUUCAGGGUAUCAUGGAUAAGUUGUUUGAGAGUUUCGAGUCAGUGCCUACUAACAACUUUUCUGAAUUCUCCGCUGGUGUAUUCAACUGGCUGGAGGAGUAUUGUAAACCCCAAUCGUUAAGGACUUUAGUGCAUGGAGUGUUAAGAGAGCAGAGUUAUACGCCUUAAUAAGUGAUAAAUAGAAGCCCAGUAGCCGCAUAGAUAGUACAUAACAAAACUGGUAUACUUCGGUAGUGACAUAAUGACUGUUUGACAUAAUAUCAAUGUAAUAAUAUUAAACACAUACUGAAGGUGUUGCUUGACCAUAAACUUAGAGUACUAAAAUAGAUGAACCCUGUGUUAAAGUGAGAGAAAUAUCCUUACAUAAAAAGCUAGUUGUGAGAAAUAGACGGAAUAGAAAAACACUUUAGUGUCCAUUAGUCUCCUGUCAAAUUGGACCGUGUUUUAAUUUUAGUGUUUCGAUCGUUAUUGUUCUGUGUUUUAACGGAUAUUGAUUAAAAAAUAUGAUGGUGUCUUAUUCUGUGUUAGAUUGUGUGGUUAUCUACAGCAACAAUCCAAAUAAAGAAACAUUUCACAGAUAAACACUAAUUCUUCAAUACUACUUUCGUGAUGUUUAUAUUCGUAGAACAUAUGCACCAAAAUACUAAAUAUUACAUUUUAUAAACGCAGUAAACACUGUAUUUUGUCAAGAUUAUAUUAAUUAAAAAAAUUAUGUGUUACAAAAUAUAAUAUUGUAUACGUGAAUAUGACACCGUUGUCCGUUGAUCAAUAUUUGUCAUAGGAAUUGACCAAAAUACUACACACCUCACUAGCACAUCUGUAAAACUAGCACACCUGAACAUUUUAAAUUUAGUCUCGCCGUAAUGAGGAGUGUUUGUCUAUUACUCUAGUAUAUUAAGUUUAUGUGCUUGACACAGGCAUUAUCACAAAUCAUAAACACUUCAGUUUUUUCAAUAUACCCUCAAAUUCUUGAAUCUUAAUAUUUACCUUUAAAUUAUAUAUUCCGCCUCUAUCAAGAUAAAAAUAUUUAAGCUGUGUUAUAUAAUGAUGACAUCUUAGAUUAAGGAUUGGUCUCCGCUGCGCUCCAACUAGAUACCGCAGGCGUGAUCGUUUACGAUAGCUUUAGCGCGGCAACUAAUACGACGCCAAAGUGGGCGUGCUUGAGCCAGUCUCGAACAAUGUGUGACGUUGACGUGCCACAUGUUCUGUUAAACUUUGCUAAUAAUUGAAACUAAAAUGCCGGGUUGCAUAGUAAAACUUUGUAAAAAUAAUACUACAAGAAAUAAGAAAGACACUGAGAUCACAUAUCAUCAGUAAGGUUUUGUAAUUCAUUAAUUUUAAUGUAAAAUAACACGAAGCGUAUAUUACUGAAUUUGAAAGAUGCCAUUGAGUGUCAAGAUGCCGCGCACACAAGCAUCUAAUAGGUGCUGUAAUAAAAAAGCUAUUGUUGUUAGAUAGUGCGGUAUCUAGUUGGAGCGCAGAGGAGACCAAUCCUUUAUCUAAGGAUUUCAUUAUGUACUGUAAAGUAAAUGACAUGCUUGUUUUAAUUUUUGGAUUAUGAGCCUUAAUACAAUCAAAUAAGAUCCAUGUUAGGAGGAAGUAAUAAAAAUAUGUUAUGGACCCUUAUUGAUAUACACUUUUCUGAUUACAUUUGUGUAAAAGAACUUUGUUUGCAAAGGUUAAUAUUUGAGAAGAAAGAAUUACUUAUUCGACCCAAUCGUCAUUGUAUCUAGUGCUUUACCUCCUUAUUCAAAUUAGUCUGCUAACUUAAAGCACUGCUAAUUCUCACUCUGUCUUCUUCUAUUGACAUAAGUCAGAAUGAGAAAAAACACUCCUUAGCGGCUGUUUAAAGUUAGCGAACCAUUAUGAAUAAGGGGGUUAAUGUUUUGCUUCCGAAUUUUAGCAAUUAGAUUAAGAAAAUUAAUUAUAAAUAUUGAAAUUGUUAUAUUUUUACUAUAUUGAAUUUAUAAUUGUUAUUCUUGUAAAAAUUAUUAUAUUUAAUACGAUUUUGUGAGGAGAUUCCUUUGAAACGCAGCUGUGACUUGUUUUUGUAAAAUGUUGUUAAAUUAUAGUUAUUUAUGCAAUGUGUAAUAAGGGGUAUUAAACCACGAAUGUGGGUUUAAUAGUAUCACAUGAGUGCUAUACUACCUAAUUAUCAACAGUUGCAAACAAGACUUUAUCUACACCCAUAAUAUGAAUCCUCUAUAAAAGAUUUUGAAAUAGUUCGCUUACUGCUACAUUAAAACAGCCAGUCCUAGUAGUAAUCUUAUAUCAUCAAUUAUUACUGAUUAUAUACAAAUAAACUAAGUAUUAAUGAAAGAAUUAUUUAUUUUGCAGUGUUUAAAAUAUCUGGUGGUGUACUGUCAAAACUUAAAUCGCUCAUUUUUUGUAAACAAAACAAUAAAAAUAUCGAUGAAAAAUGGCGGGGAUUCGAAUACUUUUUUUUUUACGGCGCGUGACGUUCUCUUAGUUUGGAAUGCAUAUAGAUACCACGCAUCGAGCAAUAAGAAUGUGGCUGUCUGUUGAAACUCUUAGCGCAUGAAGGGAUCGAAAAAAAAUUAGGAGUGUUAUUAUGAAAUUCUUUAAUAGAGGAUUUAAAGCAUAAGUGUAGAUAAAUAAGUGACUAAAAAGACUACUACUACUACUACUUUUUAUAUCACUAUUAUGCAUAUCUUAUUAUCAAGUUAAUGAAUAAUUAAUGUUUAUUAGAAUUUUAAUGACCUUGAUAUAUAUAAAUAGAAAUCGUUGGGGUAUUUUACAUAUUUCGUAUUUAUCGCUAUGUUUGAAUGUGUAAUAAAUAUAUUUAAGAAAUAUGUGUUUACAGUCUGUUAAUUAUGGUCCAAUUAAAAUGGUCAAUGAUUUGUCACUGAAUGAACGAAUGAAAAUUCUGUAUUGCACUAAAAAUAUAGAUUACACUUUUUUAUAUCAGAUCUAUAGUAGCACAUCCCUUCUAAUAUUAUAAAUGUAAGUUUGUUUGUUACGAUUUCACGGCUAAACCACUGAACCGGUUUUCAUAAAAUUUUGUACAGAGAUAGACAAGAACUUUAAUCGCGAAUAAAAGGCUUGGCGGGGUUGAAAUAAGGGUGGGAAUAUGCAUGCAUUUUUAAAAUUUACACCUGUGUGGGGAUGAAAAAGGGGGUGAAAGUUCUAUAGUUUGUAGCUUAUAAAAAUGUUUUAAGUACGCAUAGAA